UCCGUGGACCGGUGGCAGCAUUCCGUUCGCGCCGAAAACAAAACAAGACCGGCAGAAAUGAUGUUGGAUUGUGAAAUAUAAGAGUCUCUAGCUGCUUGUUUAAUGGAUGAAAAGCGCUACCUCAAGCGCAAGGAGAAGGCGCGCAGCGAUGGAAAUCGAGAACAGGUGGCGGUCAGCUGUAAUCAGCUCGGAGACUUCUACAACCAGCAGGGAAAGUACAAUGAGGCGGUCGAGGAGUACAAGCAGGAGGCGUCCAUCUAUGCCAGCAUGGGCAAAGAGCUGGAAACAGCCAAGGCCAAACGAAUGGUGGGCGAGAUGUUCACACUGCUGUGCGACUACGAUGCGGCCAAGGACCACAUCAACGACUACCUGAAGAUUGCCAAGCGGCUGAAGAAUCAGGUGGAGCAGCAGAGAGCGUAUGCCACGUUGGGACGAGUCCACCUGCUGCAUGGCCAGAGCUUGACGGACAGCUCGGCAUCGGCAGCCAUGGAGCAGCUGAAGUUGGCGGAGAAGAGCUUCCUGCGCAGUCUCUUGCUGAUCAAAGAGCUAUCGGGUCAGAUAUCAAAAUUGGAGCAGCUCGACAUGCAAGCGCGGUGCUAUCUGAACAUUGGCGUGGUUAAAGAGCACAUGGAGGCGUUCGAAGAGUCCAUCCAGUACAUUAACAAAGCAAUCAAGAUCAGCAAAACCCAUGAUUUGUUCGAACUGACCCACUUGUGCUACAUUUCGAUGAGCUUGCUCUACAACUGCAAAAAGAACGACGCAUCGUCGGCUCUGCGCUUCUGCAAUAUGGCUCUGGAAAUGGCCAAGCGGCUGCCCAACAAAGUCAAGAAAAUCUGCGAAACGCUGAUCACCAAAUCUGAGAUAUUGAUUAAGGCCGGCGACUUUGCCAGUGUCAAGCAGAUCCUAACCAAGGCCUACAAAAAGAAUACCCCGGAUGAGAACGAUCGGGCGAGCAUUGAGCGCACGCUCCGGAUUGUGGUAAAGAUUUGCCAGACCCUGGAUGAGCUGGUCCUAACAAGCUCGGUGGACUAUGCCAAGCAGAAGACCUUGUACGAGAAACUGGGCGAUGGCUGCUGUCACUUGAUGAACUACGAAAAGGCUCUGGUCUACUAUCAGAAGAUGUUGCAGAACGCAGAGAUGAACCAGGAGACCGGCAAGAGUCUGGUGCCCAUCUACGUGAGCCUCUAUCAAACGUACAGGGACAAUGGGCAGUACGACAAGGCUCUGGAGUAUCUGUGGAAGGAGUUUGAAGUGAACCAGGACGUUCCGUCUGAGGCCUUCACCACCCUCUGCACCAUUGCCGAGAUAUGUGAGCAGCAGUCGCACCCGUUCUGGACCGUACACGAUGUGUACCAAAAGGCUCUGCGACAGGCAAACAAGGCCGGGGCCGCAUCCACCAAACUGGAGAAGAUUGCACUGGUUCGGCUGAGGCGACUACAGCUGAAACACAAUAUGGAUGUACUCGUCGAAGUUCUAGAGGCGGAGGCCAAGGCCAAGGGCAUUGAUUUGGCCGAGGAAGCCAAGAGAGGGGAGGAAGAUGAAGAUGAGGAGGAGACAGCUGUGCAGCAAAAUACGCCCGACUGGGACGACGACUUCGAUCUCGACACGCUGACCGACUCGGAUGCCAGUGACAUGGAUGAGAGCGAGAAGGUGCGCCCGCAACGUGCCACUCGCGGCAGUCGUACGCUGGCGAUCAAGAAGAACAACAAGGGGGAAACGCAGCUCCAUCAGGCAUGCAUCGCUGGCAACCUGGAGCUGGUGCGGCGCCUUAUAGACCAGGGCCACACAGUAAACGUGAGAGAUCACGCUGGUUGGCUUCCCCUGCACGAGGCCUGCAACCACGGGCAUCGGGAUAUUGUGGAACUGUUGCUGGACAAGGGAGCUGCCUCGGCCAUCAAUGACAAGGGCGGCACCAGCUGCGACGGCAUCACUCCCCUCUACGAUGCCUGCGCUAAUGGGUAUCUGGAUGUGGCGGAGCUUCUGCUGGACCGUGGAGCAGAUGCCACGGUGCGGACGGACUACAACGAUACCUGCAUUGUCGGACUGGACAAGUGGCGACAGUCGGCUCAGCUCGUGGAAGGGGAGCAGGCCCAGUAUGCCGAAUUGCGGGACCGUCUGCAGCGCACGCUCUCCAAGGUGGGCAUUUGCAGCGAAAAGAAUGCUGGACCCUUGACAAACGCCAAUGUGAAGGGAGCUAGCCAGGGGAGCGAAAGUGUAUCAGAGGAAGAUGAAGAGGAAGGUCUGCGUGAAAGCCAGAUGCGUUCCCUCAGUCACAAUCGAUCGGGUAGCGAAUACGGAGCUAAGAAGUACGGCUCCAGUCCAGCCCAGCCCAGCGCCAGCAAGGAGUACCGCAGCGUAAUGGCGCAGCUAAAGCGUCCGAAUCGAAUUAGUGAUGAGGCACCCAGCAGCAGCAGCAAAAGCAACCAGAAACGUACUGCUUUCCUGGACUCGGGCGAGGUAGAUGCUGACUAUUGGCUGAUCGACGAUGUGGGGCCAGAAAAGAAACGCAAGCGAUUCAAUUCGGGGAGCAUCAGCACUCGUCCAUCCAAGGAAAGUUUGCAGGACUCGGCAUUGUCGCUGCAGCCAAAUUGGGAGGAUGAUCUGCAGGCCACACCCGAAGCCGAUGCCAACUCCCAGAAGCGACAGAAGCAGAUGAGAAAGCUCACGCUGUCACGCUCCUCCAGCAUGAACAGCAACCACAGCAGCUCCAGCACCCGCAGGGUAAAGCAACAGACCACGCUGCUGGACAGCGGCUUCAGUCGGUUUCGUAGCGAGAGUCCGUUUGGCAGCGACUGCUCCCUCGAUGGGGCCGCUUCGGUGAUUAGUCUGCGUACCACAGAACCGGACUCCACCACGGGCACCACAUCUAUACAGCUGCUCAUCUCCCCGUGCAAGUCGUCGCCCAUUAAAGUUCAGGCCUCGCCUGUCCUGGCCACCACCGUUUCGUUCAAGGUAAAGAUCCAGGAUGAACUCUUGCUGGUUCCCGUCGAGCGCAAGAAGCUCCAGGACAUCAACAUGCGGUGGCUGGCCGAAGAGGCUGGAAGGCGAUACAACAAAUUGACUGGUCUCACACCCCUGCUGCGCCUCAAGACUGCCGAUGGCUUUGCCUACGAGGAGACGGAUGCCGUGAGCGUGGCUCUCGAGCAGAACAUGCUGCUGGCCACGAUUUUGGAUUGGAAAAUCUCACCGCUUUCCCAGCGCUACGAGGAGAUGUGCCACCAACUGCAGAAGACUGUAGACAACAAGAUCAAGCUUGUGCUGGAGCGUUCGCAGAACACGCUAAUGCUGGAGCUAUCCGGCCUCUGGCUGCGCCCCCAUCAAACGGAACCCGUGUUUAAGGCACUGCUGCAUCAGGCACGUCUAACGGUGUUGGACCUGUCGCGCAACUUUAUUGGCAAUGAGGGUUGCCAGCAGUUGGGCAAGGCUUUGCCCACGCUGCUGCAGCUCAAGGCGCUGAGACUGAAAUGCAAUGGCAUUGGCUACCAGGGAUUAGAUGCGCUGCUUUGUGGCCAGGGUAUGGAGAAACUCGAGCUUCUGGAAGAGCUACACCUGAGCGAGAACCCCCUUGGUGAUGCCAGUGCCAGGACGCUGCACAAGUUUUGUGCCAGCCCCGCCGGUCGUGCCCUCACUUCGCUGCAUCUGGCCCAGUGCGAGCUGACGGAACUGCAGGACUUUGAUCUGGGAUUCAGUCAACUGAGCUGCUUCGACAUCAGCUUCAACCAGCUCAGCCAGCAGAGCGUGCGGAGGCUGGCGGAUCAGCUAAACAGCUGCCGUUUGGAGCACUUGAACUUGAGCUACAUCCGCUGGCCGCUCGACGAGACAAGUGGGUUGGCUUUGGCCGAUCGUCUGGUGUCCCUGCUCGAAGGCGGCACAUGCGAGCGAUUUGCUCGCGUGGAGCUCGCCGGCUGUGGGCUGACCGAUGCCCAUCUGUACAAGAUUACCCAGCAUCUGGCCAAGGCCAAGCAGCUGCAGUGGCUGGACAUUAGCGACAACGGCAGACUGAGUGGCACCGCUUUGGGCUACAUGCUGGACGAUCUGCCCCAGCUCCGCUCGCUCCUGGCGGCUAAUUGCACGAUUCUAAUGGACGACACCCGUCUGCAUAAGCUGGAGCAGCACAAGCAGCUUCCCAGGCGCUUGGAUCUGACGAUCGAUGAGAAAGUGUUCACCCUGCCCGGUGUAUUGGAGACCCUUCAGUCCAUUUGGCAGCUGCAGUUUGGAGCCAAGGCCAAGAUUCAAACCACAUCCAAGGGUCGACGGAAUGGUAAGCUUUACAAGGGGCUCCUCAGGCUCUGUGCGGAUGAAAGCGAACUGGAAUAACCGAUUCUACUUAUUAUGUUAUAUGUUCUACCCCCCUCCUACUCGUACUAUGUGCCAGCCAUAUUUUUUAUUGUUUGACAAAUAUUAAUAGCGAAUCUAAGUACACCUUA